GGUGGAUGGGGGGACGGUUCCUAAAGAGGCGAGUUAGGAGGGUAAUGAUUGCCAUCCUGCAGCAAUUUCCCUGUGUCAUGGCUCCUGUUUCCUAGCAACAGCACCGAGUCCGGCCAGCACAGCAGCAGCUGCUGCCUGAGCACCAUUCAAGAGCAGCAGAAGCAGAAAGCAGCAACUCCGCCAGGCUGGCAAAUCAACUAGCAACAACCGCCACCACAGACAGGAGGAGGAGGAGAAGGCGGCUGCAUCUGGCAGGGGGAAACAAUAAAACAAGCAGGGAAGGAUGAAGGAUGGAGAAGGCACAACACUUCUAGGAAACUCCUUGGAAUGGCUCUGUCCGGGGGCUCCGAGGAGCAUGAUAAGAUCCGGUCGAUCCCUCCCGCUUUCUCUGCUGGGAUUAUGAGCAAGGGCGAGAUUACGGAUCUGGAGGGGUUGUGUCUGCGCUGAGAUGUCCACUUGGGCUGGAAAGUUUCUCCAUGGUUUCUUGAUGGUGCCUGAGCUCCUCGCUGCCAGCUUUGAUUCCCCCCGCCCCAGUCUUCCUGGGCAGCUGUCCAGAUGAUGUACCCAUACCGUAAGCAGAAGAGGAUGGGUUUCUAGAUCACUGCAGCUAAAAUACGAAGGAAAUGAUCUGGAAGAAGCUUCCAAAAGGAGCUGGAGCCGCUCUAGGGAGCAGUGCCCUGGGUAGCCAGCCAUGAUCGCCACUGGAGGGCUCCUGAGGAUCUCGGCCAGGAAACAGGAUCCCCUGCGACCCCAAAGCCAGCCCCCCAAACGCAAACGCAAAGCCAAAAAGAAGCGCAAGAACGACGUGGUGGUAGUGAAGGGCAAGCUGAAGUUGUGUUCCGUCUCGGGGCUCAUCGCCCUCUGCGGCAUCCUGGUGCUGCUGGUGGGCAUCGCCUUGGCCGUGGUGGGCUAUUGGCCCAAACCCAGCCCCGUCUACCGGGAGGGCGGCUUCGGGGGGAGCAAACACCUGCCCGCGCAGGGCGGCGCCACCAAAAACCGCUCCAGCCGGGGCCAGCCGGGGGCGCAAGGCGGAUCCCACCCGGACAGCCCUAGAGCCAACUCCUCCUCCUCCAGCAGCAGCAGCCGGGGGCCCCCCCGCGCCGCGCCGGCCCCUUCCCCGGUGGGUUUCCUCUUCCAGCUCUUCUCCGGCUACCUGCACUCGGACAAGCUCAAGGUGCUGGGCCCCCUGAUCAUGGGCAUCGGUAUCUUCCUCUUCAUCUGCGCCAACGCGGUGCUGCACGAGAACCGCGACCGCAAGACCAAGAUCAUCAACCUGCGGGACCUCUACUCCACCGUCAUCGACGCGCACAGCCUGCGGGCCAAGGAGGGCGGGGGCCCGGCCGCCGCCCCGCUCAAUGGCUUCGUCAGUUACGUGCAGCAGGCCCGGGGGCUGGGCGGCGGUGGCGGGGGGGAAGCCUUGGGCGCCGCGGCCAGGCUGGCCCAGAGCACCUGGCCCCCGGCCCUGGGGGCCCCCGCGCCCCGCUGCUCCUCCUUCUCCGCCUCCCCGCCCAGCCUGGCCGAGGCUGUCUACAGCAUCUACCGGGAGCGAGCCGCCCUGGCCGGCCGCCCGCUGGGCGCCGCCACCCCUCCCUGCAGCCCCGCCAGCUCCCUGGUGGGCUCCUCGCUCAGCGCCUUCACGCUGCUGCCCCUGGGCCAGGCCGACGGGGCGGGCGGGGAGAGCUGCGGCUGGCGGCGGCCGGCGGGAGAGCUCGGGGCCAGGGCGAGCCCGCGGGGCGAGUUCGAGCUGAGCCGGAGCGAACGCGGCAGCCCCCUAGGGCCGGGGCAGGGGCGCAGGCACAAGCGGGUACUGCGGCGCCAGAGCACAAGCUGCCUGCCUGACGCCAGGCGGCCGCUCUCCCCUGGCCCCCCUCAGACUCGGGCUAGCAGCAGGGAGCUGGACUCCACCAGCCUUUUAGCCAAGGCUGCUUCUUCUCCCUACUCCAAAUCUCUGGAUCUGGGCGGCUCGCCUCCCUUCACUCCGCCUGGGGGCAGGAGGGGCUCCCCGUCCGACCCAGCCAGCAGCAAUAAGGGCUACACGCACCUGGAGGAGGCAGGCACCUCCUUGGAGUCUAUUGCCAACACCCCAGCCAGUAAAACCCAGGGCUGUGAGGAGGACCCAAAAGGAGAGCUCGGCCCCCUAGAGGGAGCUAGUGAAGAACAAACAGUGCGGCAACCUCAGCAAUUUCAGAGACAAUAUACAAAUAAAGAGAAGCUCUUCAUGAUUUCCAGGUCGCACGCCACUGCAGGGCUGGAGGAUGGGGAACUAGAAAGCACAGGCGUUUGAACAAACAGAGAAAGCAUCAGGACAACUUGCAAGCCCUCUGCCUCCUUGGGGACGGAACCCAGUCAAAAUCCAAAGAGCUGCAGUAUGUUAUCCUGGAAUUGCAUUUAAUAAAUUCCCCUAGAUGACACCAGGAAACAAACAAACAAAAUCUUUCUGUCCAAUUGUGAUUGUAUGUUCCAUGCAAACCAAAUUGUAUUACACAUCAGUAGUCCAGCAAGUUCUUCGAAGCAAAAUAAUACAAUUUUGGACAAUAUAACUGCGCACUUUAUAGUUUUAAUUUCUACCCCACCCCCUUCCUUGGGUAUUCUGAUGCUGGUUUGUCACUAACUGUUUCUAAACCACCAGCUCCUGUUCUAGCUCCAGAGCAAAGUGGUUUUCCUUCAGCAAAACUAAGCUCUCUCCUUUUGUUUUGGUUAAAUCACUUAAGUUGGCAGGGCCUUAUGGAUGAAGUAUCUUCACAAAAAACACUCCUACAGGCAUUUCUUUAAAUUCUGGAAAGGUGACAAGGGAGGAGAGAAUGGAGCUGGACAGAGCUCUGAUAAUUUAAUUGGAAUUAUUACAGUCUUAAAUUAGAAACCUAAGAAGAGAUGAUACUUUUAUUAAGUAUUAUCACACAUGUACCAAUAGCAUUAAUAAAAGUUUUUUAAAUAAAAAUGUUUAAUCAUAUUAAAACAGUUCUCCCCCUACAGCACUUACAGAUCAAUGACAACGUUUGUAUCAAACUACUCACUAUUAGAGACAAGGAAGAAAGGAGGAAGGUUUGUUUAUGUUGCUUUUGACAUGGUAGUAGUAAUUUAGUAAUAUUUUCUAAACAAAGAUAUUUGGGUUCAAUCGCUAAGCACACUGCACUUUAGUACAAGCAGCAGAUUCUGCCUCUACUUCUAACUCUUGUUUAACUGGAAUUUUAGAUGGUAAGGAAUCAGAUUUCAAGAUUCUAAAGAGAAAAAUUGAUGAAGGUUUUACCUUCCAUUAAAAUUAGAUUUUUCAUGACUAAUACAUUAAUCUCAGAAACAAUGACCCAUAUGUCAUAGAUCUGUGACUUCCCCAAGAACAGUCACUCUAAGAUUAAGGUUUUUUUUAUAAUUAAGGCUCCAAUCUUGCAAACACUUAUGCACAGGCUUACCUGUAAGGAUGCGAAUUGUCCUAUACUCUGAGGGUGAAAUUCUGACCCCAUUGAAUUACAUAGGAGUUUUGUCAUUGACUUCAAUGGAGGCAGGAUUUCACCUUGAGAAUAAAAUAGCAUGUUUCCUGAUGGUUAGACUAUAUAUAUAAUAUAUGAAUCAAACAGCUAUUUGGUAACUGGAAAUUAUUUAACUUUAAUUAUAAGACGACUGGCAUUUGCUUAAUUUACUAGAAAAAUCUCUUUCGACUCCUAAUUUCAGAUACCAACAUUUUCUAUUUCAAAUAUAUAUUUAAUAUACAUAUGAUGUUUCAUUAUGUUAACUACGAGUUAUUGAAGUUAAACAAUAUGAUAUGUAAGUAGUGCAUUGGUUUUCUCUCUCAAUUAAGGUUUCCAUAGUAGAUUAGUAUUUAGUACAUAUCUAAUAAUAUAGGUACAAUACAAUAAAUAUACUGAUCGGUACAUUUAAUUGUGAAGAGUGAACAGCAACAAUAAUUAUUAAAUAUAAGAAUGAAUAAUUUUAAAAAUAUCAGAUAAGAGACUGCCAUCUGGAGGCUCUACAAUUUUCCAAUGAGGAAAGGAAGUUCCCUUUGGCAACAGAAAGGCACAAGCAUCACAACCUCACAUACUGUCAAUGGCAACGAAGCAAAGUAACCAUAUAAACUUUGUUGAAGCAUUGUUCUUGUUAAACUGCUAUCUAAUGUUGUUUAGCCAGCCAGUGUGGAAGUGACCAAAAUAUGUUUUAAAACUAUGUGUGUAGGCUGGAACACUAAUUUGAUUUACAAAAAGAUAAACAAACAUGGCUAGGCCCUGCAUAAAGUGGGCAGUUUAAUGGUGUCAGAAGGCAAUUUAAUCCAAAUUGAUUUCAACAUGAUUACUUCUGGCUGAACGUUAGUCCUAACAGCUAGAAGGAAACUGCUGUUCUGUGCUUUUCCCAUGAUUUCCAGCAGACAUCUAUUGAAAUAUCAGAAAAGGGUCAUCAGGCACUGAGACAAGGAUUCUAGUUAUACACAGUUAUGGAGAUUUGCCUUGAUCCUGUCUGGGAAGGUGCCUAUUCAAAUCCACAUGGGUGCAGAGCAGGAGUCUACCCACCAAACCUCAUUGCAGGGUUGGGACGAUAGUGGAAAAAUGACAGAUUUUUUUUUUAAAUAAACCUGAAAAAAUCAUAUCAUAUAUACUGUUUCUAUUCUCAUUCAGUAAAAGUUUAUCCAGCCAUCUAAGCAAUAACAAUCACUUUUAUUUAAAGAUAACACAAGAUGCAACUCAAAUCUUUUAUUUGAUUAGAAGAAAAGUACUUUUAAAUUGCUGGGCUAGAGUUCGGGGGCUUUUUUUCUUUUUGUAGGACAGUGAGAGAGUAUUUUAUUUCAUUGAGAUUAUUACAAAAUUUGUUAUCUGUAUUUCAGAAUCCACUAAAUGAGUCAAAAUACAGUCAGGAAGCCUUUUUAAAUAGCACAACUCAAUUUCAAUUAUCACCCUUUUCAAUAAGUACUGUUUUAGACUUCUCCUAGGUUGCUGAACAUAUUGAACAACAGAAUGUUUGUAUACAGAACUGAGCUUGACCAAUGAAAUUCCACUUCAGUGGCUAGUAGAGUUGAGUGAAUAAUUUGUAGCAAUUAAUCUAAUAAACAGAUGAAGCCUUUUUUCCAAUUUGCAAAUUGUCCAUGAAUCCCUAUGAUUUUUGCAAAUUUAUUUGCUAAUUACAGUUUUUCACAGAAUAAUUUGUGUAAAGACUUUGCGUUCUGUAGAGUUUGUUCAAAACUCAAGCUGAGUGAGUUACCUUUGUAUGGAAAAGUGUUUCUAUUUUCUGGCUGGAUAAGCUUAACUCCUAUCAGCAGCAGGUUUCUUGUGUGAACGUUCAUACUGUUAAUAUUAAAGUAUCCCUAAUGCUGUCAAAUUGAGAUUGGUUGAUAGAGAAGGGUAACCUACUCCAUUUUAAUAGCAUUAGACCUGGUGACAUAACUGAGUACCGCCUCUUUUGGACAUUCAUGUCUCCCUGUUCCUGCCCCAUGUGGCACAUGGCUUUUCCCCUUGCUCCUGGACCUGCCCCUACCUCUACCACUUCUAUCAAUCAACCUUCACUUGCCCA